AUGUCAAUAACUGUUUCAACUUGUUAGCAAAUUUGUGGUUCACCACUUAAUCAUAGUACUGCAAAAAACUUAUGGACAUUUUCAAAAUCAGAUAGAUUUGGCAAUUUAGCAAAUCCUGUUAAGUAUUGAAUUAGAAUUUAAAAUUAGUUGCGGGAAGGCUUUCUAUGAUUUACCAACAUAAAUAGAUAAGAGAUCGGCUGGAAUAGGCAAAGGAACAAAGUAAAGAGAUUUAAAUAUAUAUACAAGAACUGAUUUUACAAAAGUAGCCUUUACAACUCCAUCUCCAUAAUAAUACAAUAUAACAAGUGAUGUUGAAAUCAAUCAAAAGAAGGCAAAGGGAAAUAAAUUUGGAAUGAGUAGAGAGAAAAUGGCAAGCACAGGAAUUCUAGGAAAUUUGAAUUCAAAAACUCCAGGUUUAAUAUACUAAUUAUCAUUAUAGCUCCUGGUACCUAUGAUUUAGGUUCAACAUUAAGCGAUAUUCGUUAUACAAUGAGAUAGAGACCAAAAACAAAUUUUAUGGUUUUAACUGGCAAAGAAAUCCCAGGACCAGGAACUUACGAAUCAUUACCAGCUGUAAAUCCAGUAGGCAAAUAUCCAAUAUCUAAAUAUAAUAACUCUUGUGCUACUUUAUUUAAUCCUAAAAAUUCUAAAAGGUUUGUUAAAGAUUUUUGUAAGUAUAUUAUAAUUUAUUAGAAUAGCCACAAAUUUAUAUGCUCCUGGACCUGGAACUUAUCCAGUUGAUAAAACAGGAAUAUAAAAGGAUGGACAUUAUUUUAUUUCAAAAUUUCACUCUUCAAAUGUUAGAAGUUUUCCAAAAGAAUCAAGAAGAACAGGAUCAGUUGGAAAAGGUAUUUGUGAUCAUUUUAAAUAUUUAUAUCAGCUGGAACACCUGCUCCUGGCAGUUAUAGAUUACCAUCAGAGUUUGGGUAUUACGAAUCAAGAAACAAAGCCAACAGAAGUGCUGGAGACAUGGGAGAAAGCAAACCUUAAUAAUGA